GUGCCAGUGCCUUCCAGUGACUUCCAGACCCUGUGCCAGUCAGUGCCUUCCACGUGCCGCCACUUCAACAGGUUGUAAAAUACUGCAAGAGGCCAAUGUCGGACGUGGCAAACACAUUAUAUCAAAGCCUGCAGCAGAUGACGCUGUCGGAGGAUGACCUCUGCAGGUUCGGGUAUCCACGACAACAUUUAGAGACAGGGAAGGCUGUAAUUCAUAGCCCCGAGUGUCACUACAACAUUCAAUUUCCUCACACACGGAUUUGUCAACGAUGUAAAACUUCUUACAGUGUUGACGAGCUUGGGUACUCUACUACACCGAGUACGUGUGCCUACCACUGGUCCAAGCUGUCGACUGGCUCUGAGCCUAUCUACUACUGCUGCCGUCGUAAUCAGUUAUCUCCAGCAUGCUCGACAGCUCCACAGCACGUCUCUGAUGGAAUAGAACCCAAUAACUUGAUUGGCUUUAUCAGCACACAACAUAAUAAUUUCAUAGGAAAAAAAGGAAUCUUUGCCAUAGACUGCGAGAUGGUGUUUACCACAGCUGGGAUGGACGUGGCAGCCAUCUCCAUUGUAGACUCCAACUGUGAGAAGGUGUACGAGACGCUCGUGGUGCCUGACGCCCCCAUCAUUGACUUCAACACUAAACACUCAAGCCUGACCAGACAACAGUUCCUAGGAGUUACUACACGACUUCAAGAUGUCCACAACAAGUUACUCACGCUUGUCGACAGUCACACCAUACUCGUAGGUCACGGGUUGAACAAUGACCUGCUAAGGCUGAAGGUGAUACAUGAUAACAUCGUGGAUACCAGCGUGCUGUAUCCCCACCCAAGAGGGUUGCCCUUCAAAGCAGCACUGGUAUUCUUGCAGAACAAGCACUUGGGACGGGGCCCAAAACACACGACAGGAUUAAAGUGUCGAGGCGACGCCCAGGCAGCCAUGAGACUCGUCCAUCUCAAAUGCAAGCGUCCUAUUAUUUUCAAAGUUUGGGACGACUCAGGCAAGCGUCCCAUUAUUUUCAAAGUUUGGGACGACUCAGGCAAGCGUCCUAUUAUUUUCAAAGUUUGGGACGACUCAGGCAAGCGUCCCAUUAUUUUCAAAGUUUGGGACGACUCAGGCAAGCGUCCUAUUAUUUUCAAAGUCUGGGACGACUCAGGCAAGCGUCCUAUUAUUUUCAAAGUUUGGGGCGACUCAAACAAGCGUCCUAUUAUUUUCAAAGUUUGGGACGACUCAGGCAAGCGUCCCAUUAUUUUCAAAGUUUGGGACGACUCAGGCAAGCGUCCCAUUAUUUUUAAAGUUUGGGACGACUCAGGCAAGCGUCCUAUUACUUUCAAAGUUUGGGACGACUCAGGCAAGCGUCCUAUUAUUUUGAAAGUUUGGGACGACUCAGGCAAGCGUCCUAUUAUUUUGAAAGUUUGGGACGACUCAGGCAAGCGUCCUAUUAUUUUGAAAGUUUGGGACGACUCAGGCAAGCGUCCUAUUAUUUUGAAAGUUUGGGACGACUCAGGCAAGCGUCCUAUUAUUUUCAAAGUUUGGGACGACUGGCAUUACGAUCUUUCCUAA